UCACCAUGAGGACCGAGGCCAUCCUAGUUCUGACUGUAUUCAUGUCAGUUAUCCUGAUACCUGCAUCUUCUGCUGCUCAUCAAACAAACAACAGCAACACCACCCUCUCGUCUCUUUCCAUGACUGUGAAUUAUACAUUUGAUUCUGCAUCUAACAAGACUCAGUCUGCCAUGGGAAAAGAGGUAAUUAAUGACACCACAACUGCAUCACCCUCAACAUCUUCGUCAUCAUCCACAGUGACAUCAAGUUUCCAAACAACCACCCAACUUCCUCCAAAGUCCUCCGCAGCACCAACCACAAGGACAACCCCUGAAGCCAAGAAGUCUAACACAAAAAAGUUAAUAAUCUUUUGGAUUCUUUUGGCCAUCAUGGCUGUGGCGCUGAUUGUGGGAUUCCUCCACACCAUGAGGAAGAGGUAUUUAGACCAAGACAACUCUGUCCCAAGGCUCCUACUGGGUGUGAGGCAGAGGCUGAGGGAAACCAUCGGUAACCUAGAGCACCGGAUGGGGCUUCGCCUCUGGCCAGGGGGGAAGAGAGGAGGGGAAGAUGAUGAGGAAGCAGAGGGAAGUCAGGGUGAAGAUGAUGGACAGAGGAUGGAUGACGGGGGAAAUGGAGGUGGUUGUAGAGCAAGGAACAAAGGCAAAGGGGAUGACGAGGACAACAGCGACAGUGAUGACUCUUCCAGUAUGGAGGAGAACAAAGCAGGGGAAAGCAGACGAGAGGUAGAGGAGAGGAAGCAGAGUGGGAACGAGUACGAGGAGGAAACAAGCAGUGAGAGUGAGGGAGGCCAAAGUGCCGGAGAAGGAGAGAGCAGUGGAGAUAAAAAGGGAGGCUCAGAAGAGAUAGCACUAGUCAGCUCUCCACAGGAGGAUGACCAAAAGGCUGAUUUAUGUGAUGUCACUGUCCUGUAGUAAUUAAAGGAGGGAUUGAAAGAAGGAGAAAGAGAUGCUAGGAUUUUAAAUGGAUAAAAUUGCUGAUCACGGAUCAGAUUUAGAAGAAUAAUUGUGUUGUGAUGGUUUUAUAUGCAUGCUGAAGAUUAAAGGUUUUGAAUACUUCAUGACAUUCUUCAUUUUGUGAUCAUGAUUUACAAACUGAACAUCUUCUGAUGUGUGUGGGGAAUCAAGUCUGUGUGUUUUUGAUGAUCUUCAAAUAAAGUGUUG